CAGAGGAUGUGGAUGUCAGCUGACCUGACCAGGUCACAGAGACCCCCUCAGGGAAAGUGGGUAGUUAGUGAGUAUGAUGUAAGAAGUUGUCUGAGUGGCUGAAUACCGCUGCCAUUGCAUGGAAGCGGGUUGGUUGGGAGUGUAUUUUAAGAUUGUGACUGGAUGCGAAGGGCUGUUGUGACAAUCAGUGCACGACAGGCAUGAACACCCAGUGUUCUGUGAGUUGGCCCGAAGGGUUAUGGAAUGAAGGGAUGUGGAACCACGUGACGGACGAGACAGUGACCGCGGCUGCCUGACACCGAGUGUGGGAAAGGUCUUGUGGGUGUUAAGACUGCUGUUUUCGAAAGGGUAAACAUAUGUGUGACCCUGAGAAAGACACUGGGAUGUCUGCUGCAGAGCCAGUGUUGCCCUGGAGGCCCCUGGCCAGGCCUGAGCCUCUGCCACCAUGGCCAUUGUGCACACUCUGCCAGUGCCACUGGAGCCCGCACGUGAGACAGCCACUGCCCCACAAGCUCCAGCAAUGGGCAGCGUGAGCAGUCUUAUCUCAGGCCGGCCCUGUCCCGGGGGGUCUGCUCCCCCACGACACCAUGGUGUCCCUGGGCCCACCUUCUUCCGCCAGCAGGAUGGGCUGCUACGGGGUGGCUACGAGGCACAGGAACCACUCUGCCCAGCUGUGCCACCCAGGAAGGCUGUCCCAGGCACCAGCUUUACCUAUGUCAAUGAGGACUUCAGGACAGAGUCACCUCCCAGCCCAAGCAGUGAUGUUGAGGAUCCCCGAGAGCAGCGGGCACACAAUGCCCACCUCCGUGGGCCCCCACCAAAGCUCAUUCCUGUCUCUGGAAAGCUGGAGAAGAACAUGGAGAAAAUCCUGAUCCGGCCAACAGCCUUCAAGCCAGUGCCACCCAAACCUCGGGGAGCACCAUCCCUACCUGGCUUCCUGGGUCCUCGAACUGCUGGCCUAUCUGGGAGUCAGGGCAGCCUGACCCAGCUGUUUGGGGGGCCAGCCUCCUCCUCCUCCUCUUCCUCUUCUUCCUCUGCUGCUGACAAACCCUUGGCAUUGAGUGGCUGGGCCAGUGGCUGCCCAUCGGGAACAUUGUCAGACUCUGGCCGAAACUCUUUAUCCAGCUUGCCCACCUACAGCACCGGAGGUGCUGAGCCAACCACCAACUCCCCAGGUGGCCACUUGCCCUCCCACGGCCCCAGCCGAGGGGCACUGCCUGGUCCAGCCAGAGGGGUCCCUACGGGGCCCUCCCACUCGGACAGUGGCCGGUCCUCGCUUUUGGGGCCCGGCAGAGGCACUGGCCACGAGAGCGGGAGGACUGUGCGACCCAGGGGCAGCAGGCCACACAGCGUGUCCAGCGGGCCCAACAGCUGCUGCAGCUGCAGGUGUUCCAGCUGCAGCAAGAGAAGCGCCAGCUGCAGGAUGACUUUGCACAGCUGCUGCAGGAGCGAGAGCAGCUGGAGCGCCGUUGUGCUGCCUUUGAGCGGGAGCAGCGGGAACUCGGGCCACGGCUGGAGGAGACCAAAUGGGAGGUGUGCCAGAAAUCCGGUGAGAUCUCCCUGCUGAAGCAGCAACUGAAGGAAUCUCAGGCAGAGCUGGUACAGAAAGGCAGUGAGCUGGUGGCUCUGCGGGUGGCCCUUCGAGAGGCCCGGGCUGCCUUGCGGGUCAGUGAGGGCCGUGCCAGGGGCUUGCAGGAGGCAGCCCGAGCUCGGGAGGUCGAGCUUGAGGCCUGCUCGCAGGAGCUGCAGCGGUACCGCCAGGAGGCUGAACGGCUCCGGGAGAAGGCUGGGCAUCUGGAUGCUGAGGCUGCAGGACUCCGGGAGCCCCCUGUGCCCCCAGCCACCACCGACCCUUUCCUCCUGGCAGAGAGUGAUGAGGUUAAGGUGCAGCGGGCAGCAGCUGGGGCAGGGGGCAGCCUGCGGGCUCAGGUGGAGCGGCUGCGCCAGGAGCUACAGCGGGAGCAGCGGCGAGGAGACGAGCAGCGGGACAGCUUUGAGGGGGAGCGGCUGGCCUGGCAGGCAGAGAAGGAGCAGGUGAUCCGCUACCAGAAGCAGCUGCAACACAACUACAUCCAGAUGUACCGGCGCAACCGGCAGCUGGAGCAAGAACUGCAGCAGCUCAGCUUGGAGCUGGAGGCCCGUGAGCUUGCUGACUUGGGCCUAGCUGAACCAGCCCCCUGCAUCUGUCUGGAGGAGAUCACUGCCACUGAAAUCUAGGGCUUUGCAAAGGGCACUAGCCACACAACCACCUGGGUCCCAGGAUCCACUGAGCACUCCAGGUCUCAGAGCCAAAGGGCCUCUGCCAAGCAUUCAGGUGGCCUUGUGACUUGGAGGAGAAAGAUCAGACCCCUCGAUGUUCCAAUUCACUGUCACCCAGAGGCUCCUACCGACCCCACCACUUCACUCCCCAGCUGUCAGUACCACACUGCCAGCCUUGUUUGCCCCAGAUUUUUUUCCUGCGCACUCCAGCGGGAAAAGAAAGGGGCUAACCCAUCUCCACAUUCUACCUGCCUGAAGCCAGAGAGAGCCAGAUGGCACCAGCUGCUCCAGAUGUGCCUGCCACCGACAGGCCCAGGUGGAAGGACAGGGCUAGGACUGGGGUCUGAUCCCCAUGUCCCAGCUCUGCAAGCCUCUUCUGGGCUGAGGGGGCUGAAGUCAGACCAAAGGAAGAACUCAGCAGUGUCUUGUUUAUUUGUGUUUGUGACCAAGCAGCCUCUCCUAAUACCAGGGUUAUGGCCCCAUUUUCACUUGUAUAUUUUUCACUGUAAAUUUCUUGUACAAAUCCAAAGAAAAAAUUAAAAAAAAUCUUUUUUGUUUUUAAAAAAAAAGUAUGCUGGGUAAAGAAA